ACGGGAAUAUCGAUGACGUCAUCUAUAGUCAUUUCCAAGAAAACAAAUUGGAACAAUAGGGUUCUGAAGAGGGGAAAAACCUGCUAAGGAGGAGAAAAAGCUUCAUACCGUGGGAGAUCUUUAACGGAGACCAUACCAAGAUACAAGAAAGUUUUGUUUUUAGUAAACUGGAAAUGUAUUAUGCAGUGACUCGAAUUGCUGUGUUUAAGAAAUGAAGAAAUCUGUGUUGCUUCGUUCGACGUUGGCUGUUGCUCUGAUUGUCUUGUUUUCCAGACAAAUCGACGCGUUGUCUGCUUAUGGGUCGAAUGUGUGCAGUUAUCGAGUGCCAUAUUCCCAUCGAUACACUGUGCAGGUCUCAUAUGGUGCUUACACUAGCUACAGAACAUGUUGCAGCCACUUCCUCUGGUGUUGGAAAAAAUGCACGCGUUACAGAUGGGUGAGGCGAUACCGAUACGAAGUGCGCUAUACAAUCAGGUAUAAUACCUAUUAUCGCUGCUGUCAGGGUUGGCGACAAGGAGCUGGAUCCUCGAGCUGCCUAAUCCCCAUAUGCAACAGUCCCGGAUGUGUUCAUGGGCAUUGCAUUCGACCAAACACAUGCUCAUGUCAGUCAGGAUGGACUAACCCAUCACAGGGGUGCAAUGUGGAUAUCAACGAAUGUGCAAAUUCAAAUGGAGGCUGCCAGCAACUAUGCACAAACCUUCCCGGAACACACAGAUGUGGAUGUAACAGGGGGUACACGCUUGUUGGAUCUACACGUUGUCAAGAUGUCAACGAAUGUGCUACUUCACAUCGACUGUGCAGCUGCGAUGACCAACCGAACAAUCCAUCAUGCAUUGCGUCUUGUAGCAAUACAUUGGGAAGUUAUCGUUGUACUUGCUCGGCUGGCUAUCAGUUACUUCAUCAUGGGCGAUGUGUCGAUGUCAACGAGUGCAUGGCAAACAACGGGCAGUGUUCUCAUACUUGCAGCAACUAUCCUGGAACACAUAGAUGCUCCUGUCACAGCGGAUACCAGCUCAACACCGACGGAAGAUCAUGUUCAGACGUAAAUGAAUGUUCAACCAACAAUGGUGGCUGCGACCACAGCUGCAUCAACACUCCGGGUAGGUUCACUUGCCAGUGCCGAUCAGGAUAUACUCUCGACCCCAAUGGGCGAACAUGCUCAGAUGUUGACGAGUGUGGACUGCACUAUCAUGGAUGCCAGCAUAAUUGCAACAAUUUCCGUGGCGGUUUCUAUUGCAGUUGUAGAAUUGGUUAUAAGCUAAACCACGACAAUAGGACAUGUAGUGAUAUCAAUGAAUGUACGGAAUAUCAUCUUACUCGUGGUGGUCUAAAUACUACAAUAUCUGGGUGUACACAAAACUGUCACAACGCCAUUGGAACCUUCCAGUGUAGCUGCAAUCCUGGAUACAGACUAGCAACGGAUGGUAAAACAUGCCAAGAUAUAAAUGAAUGUGCCGAAGGAAGUGACAAAUGCCAUCAAAAAUGCAUAAAUACCGUAGGAAGUUAUGAUUGCCGAUGUUUGCCAGGGUACAAAGAGAAUGCUGAUGGAUAUUCCUGCCAAGCUCUUCCCUGCAUCCGUCAUCCACCUGUAGUGAACGGUAGAGGAACGUGCUUCUUCGGGAGAACGAACGAAACCUGUCAAUUUCGAUGUCUGCCUGGUUUUCAGCUUCGAGGAUCGCCGGAACGCCGUUGUCAAGCCAAUCACACGUGGAGUGGAUUUAUGCCAAUAUGCACAAGGAAGAACUGCGAGCCAAUAGCACCCCCACCAUAUGGAGGCAUUCAACUGCCGUGUUUCAGCUACUACCAAGCGAUCUGUACACUUCAGUGUAGUCAAGGGUUUUACCCCACCGGUUCUACUCAGCUGACGUGCAGAGCGACUGCCAAUAAUACGAUGUAUUGGCUGAACAAAGCGACUGAGUGUAAAGAUAUCAAAAUAUGUGCACCAAAUCCUUGCAAACACGGAGGAAUCUGCAAUGCGAUUGGUUUGAAGAAAUACCAGUGCAACUGCCAACGAACUGGAUACCAAGGGCCAAAUUGUAACAGAGGCAUUGUGACUUUGCCUCUGUUCCCAAUAAUGUACGUUAAUAGAAACUACAGUUUUACUGUCAAAGCCAAGCCUGAUAUUGAACUGAGAAUACUGCUAGCACCUUAUGACGAAAACCUCUCGAUUUAUCCUAAAAAGCUAGUCUUCAAUCAAGCGAAAAAUUCCGCAAACUUCACUGUCCGAGCAACAAUUGCCGGACCUUAUGUCUUUUCUUACAAACUUUACGGCGAUAAUGCGGGUGUAUUUGAUGCACCGAUGAACAGCAUAGUAUUUUUCCUAGAAACAAAUAAGUCUAUGGCAGUAAACAUUAUAAACGACGAAGGGAUUCUUUCAAAGGGGUGUCAUUCUCAGAGCUCGGUUGAAAAAAGAACUGAUGGAACAAGGAAGGCAAGCUUGACUCUAUAUUCAACGGCUCCGUGGCAGCAUCGACCAAACAGCGAAUCAACAGAUGGCAUGGUCCUGAUUGACGUAGAAGGCACUAGCGGUCUACCUACCUCACUUGUCGGCUCUACAAUUACAAUCGAAAGCUUGACUAACAAUAACUUUGAUGAAUUUGUCAACAAAUACAGAAGAAUCAAAAAAAUGAAUGAGUCAGAUGAAAGCAGAAUUCCACAAUGCAUCUCUGUAAAUCCUUCUAAUGAGUAUUUAGCUGAAGCUAUUGAGCUGAACUCUUUCGCCAAGACCGUAGCUGAAGGGGUAAACAGGCGAACGCCAUCCCUGUUAAAUGUUUUUGUGGAAAAAUCCGUUAAAAUAUUUGACCCAAAAGACCUCGUUGCAAACAUUUACUCUGGAAAUGAAGUCAAAAGGAUUUUCACUAAAUGCAGCAAAGUUCUGCUUGGUAUUGACGAAAAUAAAAAGUAUUUUGCAUUCUUGACGACACAGAGAGUCUUGCUGCAUAUUGCAGAGGAGGAGAUUGAUUUGAAGAGAGAUGAUGUUGUUUGCAUCUUUGAGUCAAUUAAUGGCAACGAGACUUUAAUUGGCUUCCCUGAUUCAGCAAGCGAAUCAGCUGUUUGGGAAUCUUCAACAGGAUUCGCAGGGAUUAUGAAAGGCAUCCACAUUUCAGCUGAAGACAAGAAGCAGAUUUACCGUGUCUUUGGAGAAUACUCUGCAGUACUAUCUACCAAUACAUUCAAGAUGGCCUUUAAACUCAAUGGCGAUAUGCUAAUGGAUACGGAUGAGGCAUUUGAAUUUUUCGUUGAUGGAGUUAAGUCAAUCAAAUCGAUGUCAGCGAAUGGAAAAAUAGAUUUGCAUGUCGAUGACAAUUUUAUGGGUGACAUCGAGAGGACAACAUUCAGCAGCAACGGCUCAGUUACAUUUAAUUCCACGGAUGAGGUUAUGGGAAAACAAAAAGUUGUCCUCGAACUUGAGAAUGUCUCUGGUAGGUCAUCGCGCUAUGUGAUGGCAGGAAGAGUCAAGCUUGAUAAGAAUGUCCAAAUGAAGUAUAUUAUAUGGGCUAAAGUCAGCGGUGGCUUGAUCCUCGGUGCCGUGAAUCUAACCAACAGUGACAACAUACGCAGUGAAAUGCAUUCGCUCAAUGCAUCAAUUGGACUUUCUCUUCAAGGUGCAAUUACAGCGUACCCAGGCAUGCAUAGGAUAAUCAAUGAUGUUUUGAGAGACUUGUACCUUGCAGUCUCAUCGUCGGAGAGCUUGUCUCGGUAUUGUCAUGAAACGAGAGGCAAAGAGGCUCUUAAAUCGCUUACAGAACUCAAGAGGCAGCUUGAAAGGGUAGACAGACGACUACAAGUUCUGGUUUUGAAGCACAGCAAUAUGGUUGAUUUUCUCGCAUCAAAGCGUAUUUUCGAGAAGGUUUUUACAACCUUUCAUGUUUCGGUCGACAAAAUGGAACAGUGGUUUAAAAAGCUCUUCAAUCGAACGCGUGUUUCGCGAUCCAUUGAGGCCUGCUCUCUGUAUUCUAAAGGAACUCUUUGCUUGGCCCAUCUUUGCUUCAAGAACUGCCACAUUGAGAUAUUGUAUCAGAUCCCGUCAAAAACGAUAGCUGAGCGCUUUAACCUUGCACCAGAUUAUGAAAACGUGACAGCGGUCAUAGGAAAACUUGAAACCGACGCGAUGCUUGGAAAUCAUUUGGAAAUUCCAAAAGGCAAUCACAUCGUCAUCCUGAUAAACAAUACAAAAACAUACUCAGGGUUUUUUAAUGGAUCCAUGGAAAUUUUUGGGCGCAGCACUAAUGUUUCUGUUAUAUUCAAAGACAACAAACUUGAAUUCUCAACCAAAGCAACACUUCCAGAUGGCUCCUUGACAACAGUCCAAGUUGUUGCAGAUAUAAAAAAUGUGAUAAGUGGAGAUGAGGUAGUUUUUAAUAUAAAAGGCUUCGUGGCAAACAAUUCUAUAAUCAUUGAAGAUAUAAACAAAGUUUUACACUCAAAGAUUCAUAUGGUAGCGCAAGAUGUGUCUGAAAGAUUGGAAAUAUUAGAAAAAGCGGUGAAUACGUCCAGGAAACACAAGAGUAAAGCAGAUCUCAAUGUGAAGAGGUUAGAAGAAUUAUUCAAGAAAAAAGCAGAAAGGGCCAAUCAAGUUGAAUCAGCAUUAAAUAGAACGAAUUCUCAAUACCAGAACAUCAAGCUGGCUUUAAAUGCGAGGCUAAAACAUUAUGAAAAUGCUGUUGAAAAUUACACGAAGACAAUCGAGCAAUGUGCACCAAAAGUGUGUUUAAAGAAAUGUGUUCCAGGUUUGGUGACGAAUAUUUGUUAUGAAGAGAGGUAUGAGCAUGUAACGACCCAAAGCUGCAUGUUGCUUUCCAAACAUUUGACAAGAACUGAAAUGCAAGAAGUUUCCACUGAAAGAUCCUACGUAAACUACUUCCCAAAAUACAACUGCUGGACGCGCUGCCCACCUUUAACUGGCUUCUUCAAGAAGGUUUUUGGUAAACGAAAGCGCAGAGGUAUCAUUAGUUUCCUUGCGAAAAAAGCUUUGGAGAAGGUACUAAAAACAGGAGGAGAAAAGGUUUUCGAGUAUCUAGGGGGAAAGGAAGGAGCAAUGGGGGCAAAAAUAGGUGCCAUGUUGCCUGGUCCUUGGGGAAUUGUUGGAAUGCUGGUAGGCGGAGUUAUAGGCAGUGCAUUUGGCAGCUGUGAAAAACUUUGUAAGACAACAAUGGUGCCCAGGGAAAAUUUUUACAUACAUUACGAGUCAGUAAAGGUUACAAAAGUCAUCGAUUAUAAGGAACGUCAGUGUGAUGAUGUCGUGAUUCGGCAAAAGCUUGGUUACAAAGAUGGUUUCGAAUGCUCUAGCUAUUCAAAUUGCUCCGAAAAUUUGGUGGAUGUGGAGUGCGUCCAACGUAAUUAUCACUGUCGAUCGCUCAGAGGAGUGCUUAAAGAGAAGAUCAAGCAUAUAUUAGGUGUUGGAGACCUGUUUGAGGACUAUGAAAGAUUGAGCUUGUUGAUUGAGAAUUUGGAAAUGCAGCAAAGGAUGGCGAUCAAGGAACGACGUAAUGUACAUCAAAGCUUUCUCGCUGCAAAAGCAAUCGCCUUCAAUUCUAAUUAUACAUAUUUGUUAUCAGUGAAGUCCUUGGAAAAUUUGAAUCAUAUUCUGGCAACAGAAAUGCAUAUUCUAGAGUUUACAAAACGUUUCGGUAGCCAUCCAGUUUCAGUUCAAAAUGGCCAUUACAAGUUUGUCACUUCAAAAGGAACUGUGGCAACAAACAUGAUUGCCUUGCAGAUGAAUGUCGUGAGAAAAGAUGGGCCCAACUCUCUGGCUAUAGCUUUAAUAGACUUUAAACGGAUGAAUGUCAGCAUAAGUGAAACAGUUAAUGAAAUUAUUAAAUUGAUUCCAAAUCUGAAAGCACGCAGAAGACGAUCGGUUGGUUCAGAUGCAGAAGUAAGUGUAUCUGUGGAUGAAAUGUUUCGCAAUGCGACCAAAACCAAAUGCAAACUGAUGGAAAGAAACAUUUUAUAUUUGUUUGAGAUUGCAAAUAUGUUUACCGUCGGUGUUCAUCAAUUUGAAAAGAGUAACCUAAGCAUUCAUAACGCAGAAUUGUCAAAACAGAACUUCACCAGAUCAACACAGGACAUUUUAGCAAACACUUCAGUAUGCCACGAUAAAAACAGCAGUUCAUGCUCCAGUGACUGGUUGGCCUCUCUUUACUCAAAUACCACUCAAGACUCGAAUCCACUCAACAGCACAGUGCUUUCUUGGGAAACGAAAAGAGCAAGUAUAAUUUCUAAAUGCGAUUUCUUCACUAGCAAUCAAAACCUCUCUCACUGCGCAGGCGCCCUUGACUGUGUUCAAGCGUCUAUCAAGGCCAUAAACGAGGCGACGAAUUAUGACACAUCAAGUGCUUCGAAAAUAGCAAAGGGAGAAAUACCGAAAUGGAAGCCAUAUUUUCAAGCUCUUUUUGAAAAUGACGAAAUGGAUGCUAAAGAGACUAAGACCUACUCCAACAUGGUGAUAAAAUCAAUUGAGAUGUCUCAAGUUGCAAAAAUCUAUUGCGAUUCUCCGCCGAUCAUCUUAGAAAACCUCCAAAACGAGGUUAUCAUCACGUCUGCAUCAAACUUCGAACUGUCGAUAAAGAUAGAUGUAUCUUUGCAUGACGUCACCUAUACUUGGGAGAAAGAUGGACGGGUUUUGCUAGAAGGAAACACCAACGUACUCAAGUAUCAAAAUGUCAAUAUGUCUGUCUCUGGCUCAUACCUUUGUCGUGUUUCAAAUAAAUUUGGCAGCAGUGUAAGCAGCAUUGCCAAAGUAGUUUACCAGGAGAAGCCCCGUAUUAUAAAGCACCCAGUCGACGUUAACACUACUAUAAAAGAGGAACAAUCUAUAAUUAGAUUGGUAUGUAAUUUUACUGGAAUCCCAGCACCAAUGGUUGAGUGGUAUUUCGUGGCUUUCAAUAAAACAGAAAGGCCAAAGCCUCUCUACCAAAACAAUACGCUGUUUUUGAUGAAUGCAACGAGGCCAGAACAGUCCGGGUUUUACUAUUGCAAUGCAUCAAAUGCUCAAGGAUUUGCAGUAAGUCGUAAUGCAAUAGUUCACGUAAAAAGGUCAAAAAUAGCUGAAUUCAGUGUUGAAAUAUCAUUUGUGGUAGAGUCGUUGAAUCAAACGUACAAUGCCAGCAUGCAAAAAGCUGAAAAUGUCACAAAAGAUUCAAUGGAUAGGCUGCAAUCGAACUCGACGGUUAGCGAAAAUGAAGCUACCUCUGACGGUAAUAUGACAAAUACUGCAAUUACCAAUUCAAGUGAAAGCACAAUCAAACGCAAAUCGGGAAGUUUCUCUACGCCAGUUCUACCUAGUUAUCUUUCUGAGUAUGACAAACAUAGCCUAACUAAAGCUCUAUCCAAGACAAUGAAUGUAUCCAAGUCUCGACUGAGAAACAUUGGGCUGCUGAGGGAGACGACUACGGAGGGAAAAGUCUCUGUAACAGUAUUGGCUACAGAUCUUAACCCAUUGCUUGACAUAAAUACCGACUGGACAACGAUUUCAGAGGACGUAGUAAUGGCACGCAAAGGUCUUCUAGUUCUGCCCCUUUGGUUGCAGUUUUACUUCAGCAAUAUGUCUUCAAUACUGGAAGUUGGAGCGAUCAAAACAUCUGUAAAAGCAGAUACGGUUCAGUUCACGCUGCUAGAGCCGCUUUGCCCAGUCGGCUUUUCUAUGCAUUCAAAUGGAUUCAUAUGUGAGUCAUGCGCUGCAGGCACAGCGUUUGUUCCUGGAGUAGGCUGCCAGCCAUGUGAGACCGGCACAUAUCAACCAGAACAAGCGAUGCUUGGAUGCAUUGCCUGCAAAGCUAAUUAUACGACCAGAUCCAAAGGUUCGGUUUCUCCCGGUGACUGCGUCUUGAAAGACCAACUACCAACAACAGCAUUGCCUGAUUCAAGCUCAAGCACGUUCAGCAUAAAGCAAACGGAAGAUCAACUGCAUUUACAACCACGCCAUUCAAUGGAACAAAAUCAGUUGCAGAGAGAGCGAAAGAAGGAGUUGAUACCAAGAGAAUUAUGCUUAUUGUAGGGAUGACUUUUAUGGGAGCGAUUGUGAUCAUAAUGAUUCUAUUUGGAAUGUCAAAAGUAACGAUACAACGAGAGUUACGGCGAAUCAAACCCACUUGACGCAGAAUGCAAAUGGACAAUUGCCACGUUAGCUGUAGUGACAACUCAAAAUCAUUUUGGCCAACAAACCUAUUCAAAAGUGAUGCAGGCACGGCAAUAGUUUAGCAAAGGCACUUCUCACAAUUAAAUUCGUUUUUUAUUCGAUUUUCCAUGAAUCAUCAUUACAACAUAGAUUGUCAUUAAAACUAGAAAUUUAGAGAACUGGGUUGAAAUGACAAGGCCUUACUGAUGGCAGGUAUCUUUUAUGCUGAAUAUCGGUGUCCCGUAUCUAUAUAUGGUCUAAUAUUACCAUUAUAACUUAAGUCAGAACUCCAGUAUUAGAUCAAUUUAGGGCUACUGAAAGGCUACAUCAAGAUUAUUUUUUCAACUCGCAGCUUUGAUAUAUUAUGCCCCAAUAAAAUCCAUCCCCCCUCUCCAACUGUCAGUUUGGUUUGCACCACUGUGUUUUAAUUUACUGUCCAUCUGCACAGAUGCAUAAAAAUCAACAUUUUUUAUUAAGAACGACGAACUUCGAUUGUUUUUAAUCAAAUAACAAAAAAAUUACAUCAUUGGCUCUAUUUGUGCUCAAGUUGGUUAUUCAUUAUAUUAAAACGUAGACCCUUGCCCAGGCCCGUCAUCACCCAAUUUAGCAACCGCAGCCCCUUCAUUUCCACGACUAAAUUCCUUACCUCGCUUUCCUAUCAUAUCACGUUCGUAUAAUUACAUAUCAGAUACUUCAGCUACGUCAAGUUUCACCAUUUGAAUAUGGUUUUCAUUUGAAUAUAGCUCUCCGGUUAGCAAUGGUAAAUUUUUGAAGACGUUUAUAAUCAUUUGAAAAUGGUGAAGUCAUACUUAACCAUACCUAGGAGCAUGAUUACUUUUUCCACCCCGUAGAUUCUCUUUUUGUCUUGCUUAAUUUUUGACUUGUCUUUAAUCAUGUAUUUAAUUUCGUGUACAGUUUGACUUUAGGAGUGAGGAUGUAGAUGUUGUAAUAUAAAAUUUAGCGUAAAUAAUGGUGUAGCAUAAACUGUUGUUGUUUGUUAUCAUUAUUAUUGUAUUGUCCUAGUCUCUUUAGAGACGGAUGUUGGUUUUCAAGAACGCUUAGCUGCAUCUUGUUGUUUUAAAUUGAUGGAUUGAUUAGAUUUUCUUGCGAGU